AUGGCCGUCCUGAUUAUCAUCUCAGCCCUGUUCCAUUUGAACCAGAUCUCCCAACGCCAGAAGCAGAAGCAGCAGUCUUUCCGCUCGCGGUGGCACCUGGCGGGCUCCCUUAAUGGCGCCACUGCCCCCGGGGGGCCCAACGAGGCCGGCUUGGGCGGCCCCGACGGACCCCCUCAAGAGACCGCGCAUGGCGGGGUGCCUUUGGAUCGCUUCGGUCGGCCUUUCGAGUCGGCGCAGGUCCAAGGGGCGCGAGAGGAUGUGGGGCCAGCGACUGCGCCUUCGGUCGGGCCCCCAGCCGGCAUCUGCAACGGCGGUGGCCCCAGCAGCGGCAGUGACGACGCAGACACGCAUGGAGAAGGGUUCGAGGAGGCGCGCGGCGCGGCGCCCCCGCGGGCGCGCAGCGCCGGGAGGGGCUCGGCUGGCGGCGCUGACGCAGGGUCGGCCGCGAGCAAGGCCGCCCGCUCCGCCGCCCCGCAGCGCCGCGGCGCCAACUCGAUGCUCGACACAACCCUCAGGGACGAGCAGUCAAACGGCGCGGCGCCGGUCAACCCUGUCAAGUCCGUGUUUGACCACGCCCCGAAGCUCCGCCGACGCGCCACGUUUGCAGAAUCCAUGGGCGCAGGCGGCGACGGCGUCGCCGGCGGCGGCGACGACUCCGAAAGCGGCAGCCAACGCGGCGGCAGCGGCGGGGGUGUCGACAAGGGCGGGGCCCGGGCGCGGGCUUUGAGUGCGGCCGGGUCGGUGGGGACCGCGGGCUCCGCCAGCUCAGCGGGGUCGGAGCGCUUCUGGCUGUCCAACGUGUUCAAGCUGCUGAUCACGCACCUGCAGCUGCUGGGGCUGCUCAGGGGCAUCCGCAUGGGCUGGCCCGGCGGCAUGGAUAAGAUCAUGGGAUUCUUUGACCAGUCCCAGACCAUCUCCUCCUGGGUGUCACUCGAGUGCAGCCUGGUGGGGGUGGGGCCGCGCCCCUCCAUCACCCGCUUCAUCAUCUUGCUGCUCAUGCCGGCCGCCGCCUGCCUUGUGAGCCUGCUCGGCUGGGCCGCCAUCGCCGCCGUGGCCGCCCUGCGCCAGCGCCGCCCGGGGUCCCUGGGCGCAGCGCGUCACCGGGUGACGUGGGGUCACUACGGCCCGCGGGUCCUGAUGACGUGCAUCAUGGUGGCCUUCUACCUGUACCCCCAGGUGUCCGACGCAGUUGUGACUAUCCUGGCGGCCUGCACCCCAGUGGACAGGCCCUCAGCAGUCAGCAAAGUCUACCUCCCGCCCCCCGGCUUCCCCUCGCCCGGCGGGGACGCGCUCGCGGCCCUCAAAGCCGUCGGGACGUACUGGAAUUACGACACCAGCCAGACGUGCUUCGAGGGGCCGAUGCGGGUGCUGCUGGGCAUGGGUGUCGCGUGGGCGGUGGCCUUCUGCGCGGGGUUCCCGCUCAUCAUGAUUUUUGUGCUUUGGAGGAACAGGGAACGACUCGGGGAGGACCAGACGGACCUCACGUACGGCUUCUUCUACGACUCGUACCGCCGCGGUUACUACUACUGGGAAUCCGUACUGCUCCUGGAGAAGCUGGUGCUCACCCUCGCCCUCACCGUCACCGCGCGGUUCGGCGCCGCCGCCCAAGUCCUGGCGGGUCACUGCGUAAUCUUCAUCGCGCUGAUGCUGCAGUCAAAGUGCCGCCCCUACGGCUGCCAGAUGCUGGAUAGCCUGCAGGGCGCCAGCCUGUACGCGCUGGUGGGAAGCUGCUUCGCCCUCAUGAUGCCAGCCCUAGACUCGAUCAUGGCGGGCGAGGCGCUCGCGUCGCAGUCUCACGCGGUGGUCUACGCGUCCCUCGCGAUAGCCGGCGUCCUGAACGUGGGCGUCGUGCUGCUGUUCCUGUUCGCCCUGUAUUUGGAGGGCCGCCGCAUGUUCGUCAGCGUGCUGGACGCUGACGGCGACGGCCGAGUGGCGCUCUGGGAGGUCCGCGAGUGGGUGGCUGCCCGCCUCCCCCCGUGGCUGACGCGGCGCGCCGCGGCGACGUGCGGCGCGGCGGGGCUGGCGGGGCGGCGGGAGGCGGAGCGGGAGCGGGGCCCCGCGCCAGAGUGA